AUGGAUGUUGUCUACCUGGAUUUCUCUGAGGCUUUUGAUACGGUCUCCCACAGCCACCUCCUAGAGAAACUGAUGGGUGAUGGUCUAGGCAAGGGUCCCGUGCAGUGGAUAAGCAAGCAGCAGCUCCAGACAAUCAAAGAUCGUUUCCAGGCCUUUCUCAAUGGAGAAACCCAGAUUGUGGCAGAUGAAGCAUUUAUAAACGCUGUCCAGAGCUACUAUGAGGUAUUCCUGAAAAGUGACCGUGUUGCUAGGAUGGUGCAGAGUGGAGGGUGCUCAGCGAAUGACUCCCGGGAGGUCUUCAAGAAGCACAUUGAGAAGAGAGUGCGCAGCCUGCCAGAAAUCGAUGGUCUCAGCAAGGAGACAGUCCUGAGCUCUUGGAUGGCAAAAUUUGACGCUAUUUACCGCGGGGAAGAGGAUCCCCGCAAGCAGCAGGCGAGGAUGACGGCGAGCGCUGCCUCGGAGCUCAUCCUCAGCAAGGAGCAGCUCUAUGAGAUGUUCCAGAACAUUUUGGGGAUCAAGAAAUUUGAGCAUCAGCUUCUGUACAACGCAUGUCAGCUGGACAACCCAGAUGAGCAAGCAGCACAGAUCAGACGUGAGUUAGAUGGACGUCUUCAAAUGGCAGAGCAAAUUGCCAAGGAGCGCAAGUUUCCGAAGUUUGUGUCCAAAGAAAUGGAAAACAUGUACAUCGAGGAGCUGAAGUCGUCUGUCAAUCUCCUGAUGGCAAACUUAGAGAGCAUGCCUGUGUCUAAAGGAGGCUCCGAGUUCAAGCUGCAGAAGCUGAAACGCAGUCACAACACCUCAAUAAUUGACAUGGGAGAAGAAAACGAGAACCAGCUUUCCAAGUCAGACGUUGUGUUGUCGUUCUCCCUGGAGGUUGUCAUCAUGGAGGUGCAGGGUCUGAAGUCGCUGGCCCCCAACCGCAUUGUGUACUGCACCAUGGAAGUUGAAGGCGGGGAGAAACUGCAGACUGACCAGGCUGAAGCCUCAAAGCCAACCUGGGGCACCCAAGGAGACUUCACGACAACGCACGCGCUUCCUGCAGUGAAGGUGAAGCUGUUCACGGAGAGCACAGGAGUGCUGGCUCUGGAGGACAAAGAGCUUGGGAGGGUUGUUCUCCACCCUACUCCCAAUAGCCCAAAGCAAUCGGAGUGGCACAAAAUGACUGUUUCCAAAAACUGCCCAGAUCAAGACCUGAAGAUCAAGCUUGCUGUGCGAAUGGAUAAGCCUCAAAACAUGAAGCACUCUGGGUAUUUAUGGGCCAUUGGUAAAAAUGUUUGGAAGAGAUGGAAGAAACGAUUCUUUGUCCUGGUCCAGGUUAGUCAAUAUACAUUUGCUAUGUGCAGCUACCGGGAGAAAAAAGCUGAACCUCAAGAGCUGCUGCAGCUCGACGGAUACACUGUGGACUACACCGACCCGCAGCCAGGUUUGGAGGGCGGCAGAGCAUUCUUCAACGCUGUGAAGGAAGGAGACACGGUGAUUUUUGCAAGUGACGAUGAGCAGGACCGUAUCCUGUGGGUCCAAGCCAUGUACCGAGCCACCGGCCAGUCUCACAAACCUGUGCCGCCUACCCAAGUGCAAAAGCUAAAUGCUAAAGGAGGAAAUGUACCCCAGCUGGACGCCCCAAUCUCUCAAUUUUCUGGACUCAAGGAUGCAGAUAGAGCUCAAAAGCAUGGCAUGGAUGAAUUUAUCUCUUCCAAUCCCUGUAACUUUGACCACGCUUCACUCUUUGAGAUGGUUCAGCGCCUCACUUUGGACCACAGACUUAAUGAUUCCUAUUCUUGUCUGGGCUGGUUUAGUCCUGGCCAGGUCUUUGUGCUAGAUGAGUAUUGUGCACGUAAUGGAGUGAGAGGCUGUCACAGACAUCUCUGCUACCUCAGAGAUUUGCUAGAGCGCGCAGAAAACGGAGCUAUGAUUGACCCCACCUUACUUCACUACAGCUUUGCCUUUUGUGCAUCACAUGUUCAUGGCAACAGCCAACACAUGGCAGAAUUGCUUGGUGGGUCACAGCCAAGUGCAGACGGCGAGGGGGGCAAAGUGUCUCAUGCCUCUGCCGCUGAAGCGGAAACAAAAAAGGAUUCCAAAAAGGAGUCCAAAAAAAGGAAAGAUUCCAAAUCCCAGCCGAAUCCAGAGCCAAAAAGGCCUGACGGGAUAGGAACUGUGACCGUAGACGAGAAGGAGCGUUUCGAAGAGAUCAAGGAGCGGCUUCGUUUGCUUCUGGAGAAUCAGAUCACGCAUUUUAGGUACUGCUUCCCAUUCGGCCGUCCAGAAGGUGCGCUAAAAGCCACUCUAUCGCUGCUGGAAAGGGUUCUGAUGAAAGACAUAGUUACUCCGGUCCCUCAAGAGGAGGUAAAAACAGUCAUCCGUAAAUGCUUGGAGCAAGCAGCUCUAGUCAAUUAUACUCGACUAUCAGAGUAUGCCAAAAUUGAAGGGAAAAAGAGAGAAAUGUAUGAGCAUCCUGUCUUCUGCUUGGCCUCUCAAGUGAUGGAUUUAACCAUUCAGAAUCAAAAGGAUGCAGAAAAUGUAGGCCGGUUAGUCACACCAGCUAAAAAGUUAGAAGACACAAUACGCCUGGCAGAAUUGGUAAUUGAAGUCCUACAGCAAAACGAAGAACACCAUGCGGAGGGGAAAGAGGCCUUUGCUUGGUGGUCAGACUUAAUGGUUGAGCACGCGGAGACCUUCCUGUCACUGUUUGCAGUGGAUAUGGAUGCUGCGUUAGAGGUGCAACCCCCAGACACCUGGGACAGCUUUCCGCUCUUUCAGCUUCUAAACGAUUCCCUCCGUAGUGACUAUAAUUUGUGCAAUGGAAAAUUCCACAAACACCUCCAAGACCUGUUUGCUCCACUUGUUGUUAGAUAUGUCGAUCUGAUGGAGUCCUCAAUUGCACAGUCAAUUCACAGGGGCUUUGAGCGGGAGUCAUGGGAGCCAGUAAAGAGUUUAACAAGUAAUCUGCCCAAUGUGAAUCUACCAAAUGUGAAUCUCCCUAAAGUACCAAAUCUACCAGUUAACAUCCCACUAGGCAUCCCACAAAUGCCUAGCUUUUCUGCACCGUCAUGGAUGGCUGCUAUUUAUGAUUCUGACAACGGAUCAGGCACCUCAGAAGAUCUGUUCUGGAAACUCGAUGCCCUACAGACCUUCAUUCGGGAUUUGCACUGGCCUGAGGAAGAGUUUGGAAAGCACUUAGAGCAACGCUUGAAGCUUAUGGCGAGUGACAUGAUUGAGUCCUGCGUGAAAAGAACCAGGAUUGCAUUUGAAGUAAAGCUGCAGAAAACCAGCCGAUCGACAGAUUUCCGAGUCCCUCAAUCAAUAUGCACCAUGUUUAAUGUCAUGGUGGAUGCCAAAGCUCAGUCAACAAAGCUUUGCAGUAUGGAAAUGGGCCAAGAGCACCAGUACCAUUCAAAAAUAGAUGAACUAAUUGAGGAAACCGUCAAAGAAAUGAUAACACUCCUAGUGGCAAAGUUUGUCACCAUUUUGGAAGGAGUCUUGGCCAAACUGUCUAGAUACGAUGAAGGAACUUUGUUUUCUUCUUUCCUGUCAUUUACUGUGAAGGCUGCUUCCAAAUACGUGGAUGUACCCAAGCCGGGGAUGGAUGUUGCUGAUGCCUAUGUGACAUUUGUCCGCCACUCUCAGGAUGUCCUGCGUGAUAAGGUCAAUGAGGAGAUGUAUAUAGAAAGGUUAUUUGAUCAAUGGUACACCAGCUCGAUGAAUGUUGUCUGCACCUGGCUGACAGACCGCAUGGACCUGCAGCUUCACAUUUAUCAACUGAAAACUCUCAUUAGGAUAGUAAAGAAAACGUACCGGGAUUUCCGAUUGCAAGGCGUGCUGGACUCCACCUUAAACAGCAAAACCUACGAGACUAUCCGGAACCGGCUGACGGUAGAGGAGGCCACGGCGUCUGUCAGCGAAGGCGGAGGGCUCCAGGGGAUCACCAUGAAGGACAGCGAUGAGGAAGAUGAAGAGGAUGACUAG